AUGUCCCCGAACCCGCCUCUCUACAUGCUCAAAAAGGCGCCGCGGUUCAUCCCCGGGCUCGGAACGCUCACCCUUCUCGCUGUCGGCGGCUUCGUUGUUGGUAGGUCGUCCGUCAAAGACUCUAACGUCUCUACCGCCGAGCCAGCCCAAAGGACUCCAUGGCCGCCGCCAUUGAACGACGCAUUAGACGAUGACAUCCGCCCAUACGUGCGCUCCCGCUUCCAAACCAGUGAAGUGUCGCAUAGGGGCCGGCAGAGUGAGUGCACUGACAGGGAUUGGGUCACCUUCUCCGAUCCGUCCGGCACCGCCGCUGUUUAUGAGCUUCAUCGUCUUGUCCGCGCCGACGGCACCAACGAUUGCAUGAGGCGCAUCUGGCUAACAACCACGAACCGUCAUACCGAGCCCCUUUAUCUGACCAGACGCGAGGUGGGCCUAUUCAACGGGCCGGUGCAGAAGUUCGAGGCGCAGACUUGCAAGAAGAAAGAUGAUGACGGAAGGUGA